CACCUUACGGAACGGAUGGUCUGUCAUCGCCUCAAUGGACGGCUCUCGCUAUAUAUAUCUGGACGUGAAGAACCAUUGGUCUUCGAAGAGCUUGGUUGGGCCGUUGAGAGAUCACUAAGCUUUUCUCUCGGCGAUCUUCUAUCAUCCACUUCGAUCCUUCUUUCUUCGGGACAGUGUUCUGGUUUUGAUUCCGCUUGCAAAUCUAAGGUUCGUCGGUACAUUCUAGGGGAGAACCAUUUGGAUUGUUGUUUCGAUCCGUCAGCCAUAAUGGUGACGGUGAGUGGUGGCAUUGCGAUUCCUCUGCUGCUCUCGAUUCUUGUGCUGCAUGUGGCUUUUCCGGCCUCGUCCGCCUCCGAUGGCUUGGUUCGGAUUGGUUUGCGGAAGAAACCGUUAGAUGAAAACAGCAGGCUUGCGACGCGUUUCUCGGAGAAGGAAAUAAAGGAUUUGAUGUCGAGGAGGUUUGGAUUGAGGGGCGAUGUUGAGAGUAACGGGGAUGAGGAUAUCAUUUCUCUCAAGAAUUAUAUGAAUGCGCAAUACUUCGGGGAGAUUGGCAUUGGUACUCCUCCGCAGAAGUUCACUGUGAUCUUCGAUACUGGAAGCUCGAAUCUGUGGGUUCCAUCUUCCAAGUGCUACUUUUCGCUCGCUUGCUAUUUUCAUCCAAAGUACAAAUCAGAACUAUCGAACACUUAUCAGAGGAAUGGUAAACCUGCUGACAUCCAGUAUGGAACAGGAGCAAUAUCAGGUUUCUUUAGUGAAGAUCAUGUUACCAUCGGUGACCUAAUUGUUAAAGAUCAGGAAUUUAUUGAAGCCACAAGGGAGCCAGGUCUCACAUUCUUGGUUGCAAAAUUUGAUGGCAUAUUAGGACUUGGAUUUAAGGAAAUAUCUGUUGGGGAAGCUGUGCCUGUGUGGUAUAAUAUGGUUGAGCAGAAACUUAUCAGAGAACCUGUCUUCUCAUUCUGGUUUAACCGAAAUGCUGAUGAUGGUGAAGGAGGUGAAAUUGUUUUUGGAGGAAUUGAUCCAAAUCAUUAUAAGGGUGAACAUGUAUAUGUCCCUGUUACUCAGAAAGGUUAUUGGCAGUUUAACAUGGGUGACUUACUUAUUGAUGGCAAAUCUACUGGCUAUUGUGCUGGUGGUUGUGCCGCAAUUGCAGAUUCUGGAACUUCUUUGAUUGCUGGUCCCACAACCGCUGUUGCAGAGAUUAAUCAACAAAUUGGAGCUUCUGGUAUUGCUUCUCAAGAGUGCAAAGCAGUAGUUGCGCAAUACGGGAAACAGAUUAUCAGACUCUUGAUGUUACAGGCAAAACCUAUCAAAGUUUGCUCUCAGGUUGGUCUGUGUGCAUUUAAUGGAGCUCAUGGAGUUAGCACUGGUAUUGAGAAUGUUGUAGCCGACGAGAAUACAGAAGCUUCAGCCCAUCUCCACAGUGAAGCUAUGUGCAAUUCUUGCGAGAUGGCAGUCGUAUGGAUGCAGAAUCAGCUACUUCGUAACCAGACAGAAGAAAGAGUGUUGAAUUAUGUCGAUGAGCUCUGUGAGCGCUUGCCUAGCCCCAUGGGAGAAUCAUCAGUGGAUUGCGCUGCUUUAGAUUCCAUGCCUAUCAUCUCUUUCACUAUCGGUGCUAAGAAAUUUAAUCUCAAACCGGAGCAGUACAUUCUCAAGGUUGGCGAGGGUGGUCAAGCACAGUGCAUCAGUGGGUUCACAGCCUUGGAUGUUCCACCACCAAGAGGCCCUCUCUGGAUUUUGGGAGACGUCUUCAUGGGAGUAUAUCAUACUGUCUUCGACUACGGCAAUUUGAAGGUUGGCUUUGCACCCGCCGCAUAAACAUGUUAUCGACGUCGCUACGAUAUCCUUAAGCAAAGGCUUUGUCGACCCAAUACAGCUUUAUGUUCUGUUGUUUGUUGUGUUUAAAUGUUCUUUGGUCCUAUGGUUUCACUAAUGUUUGAAUAGCACAUUCUCACUGUUGUCACAUUAAAUUCAAGCAACUAAGUUCAGAUCAAGAGGAAAUAUGGUUCUCUGGAUCAAUGUUAUAACAUAAAUAUAAAAAAUAUUAAUAA